GUGGAGGAGGAGGAGGAGGAGGAGUGAAGCCAUCUUUGUGGCACUUUUAUCAGCAUGGCGCACAUCCUCUGAGCGCCAAGAGAUGGACGAGCGCGAAGCAAGGACACGCAACAAAGUGUCCAAAGAGAGCAAACUCAGACUGCGUGUGAUCUUCUUGGACGACAGUGAACGCACCUUUGAAGUGGAGCAAAAAGUUCUGGGCUGCGACUUCUUCAACAAAGUGUGUGGUCACUUGAAGCUCCUGGAGAAGGAGUACUUCGGCCUGGAGUUCAGACACCACAGCGGCAACUAUGUGUGGCUGGAGCUGCUCAAGCCGCUAGCAAAGCAGAUUACAUACACCAGCGAUCUGUUCUUCAGAUUCAUAGUCAAGUUCUUCCCUCCAGACCCUGGACAACUAAAGCGAGGCCUCACUCGCUAUCUUUUUGCCUUGCAGGUCAAGCAGGACUUGUCCAACGGCAGUCUGACAUGCAAUGAUAACAGCGCCGCCCUGCUGGUCUCUCAUAUACUGCAAUCGGAGCUUGGGGACUAUGAUGAAGAGCUGGAUCAUCAGCAACUGGAGAUGAAGCACUACAUUCCCAACCAGGAGUACCUGGACCACAAGAUCACCAAACUCCACAAAAAACACAGAGGUGUGUCACCGGCUGAGUCGGACGUGCACCUGCUGGAAGUGGCCAGAAGGUUGGACAUGUAUGGCAUCAGGCCACAUGCCGCCAGCGACGGCGAGGGCAUGCGCAUCAAUCUGGCGGUGACGCACUGCGGGGUGCUGGUUUUUCAGGGGAACACAAAGAUCAAUACCUUCAGCUGGGCCAAGAUUCGCAAACUGAGCUUCAAACGGAAGCACUUCCUUAUUAAGCUGCAUGAUAAAGUUGGGCCGUCUCUUAAGGAUACGCUGGAGUUCUGCAUGGCAAGCAGGGACGUGUGCAAGGCCUUCUGGAAGAUGUGCGUGGAGUAUCAUGCGUUCUUCAGACUAGCCGAAGAGCCGCAGGUGGUGCACAGGAAGACGCUGCUGUCGUGUAAAGGCUCCGGUUUCCGAUACAGUGGGCGGACACAGAAGCAGCUGCUGGAGUGUUUAGGUUCCAGCGAGAAGAAGCCUUCAAACUUUCACAGGACUUCCUGUCCAUCAGAAUCCAGACACUGCAGAUCCUCUCCUGACAUCCUCACAGACGUCUCCUUACAACUAUAUGACGACGAGCUGUUCCCACGCUCCACUUGUGCCUUGGAGGAUGGCGACUUGAGAAAAGGCAGAGCUAAGCGCAGCCAAUCGUCUGUGGAGGUCACGCCGAGGUGUCGCGGCCUGGCUCGGGUCACACCCCUCUCGCCUCAGAUCCGUUCUGCGUCUUCAUCCGAGAAGGAGGACCCCCGUGAGGCGUGGUUGGGAGCGCAGCGCCAAGCUCAAAGGCUUGCCGGUAUCUACGGCAACCACUCACGCCGCCGGCCCAACCCGCAGCCGCACCCAACACAGCAGCUGGUUCUCCUGUACCCCAACGACCCCGCCUACCAGUACCACCCUGUGCUCCCCACGUUCCCGUACUUGUCUGACUGCGUCUCUGCUUCCUCUCUGGAGCGUUUGCCGCAGCCAAGUCGGCGUGACGGACUUUGGCGGCCAUCUCUUCACCCUCUAGGCCAAGAUCCCGCGUCCUAUUCACCGCUUAGGAGGAACCUGCAGGCUUCAAGCUCAGGCGGGGCAGGAUUGGGUAGUGCCUACCAAACAGGAAGCAACGGGGCGAGGUUAUUGGGUGUGCGCCACACAGAGGCGGGUCAUUACAGCGAUGACUGCAGCUUUCUCCCUGGCCUUCCUCGCCGUGUGGCAAGCCAACCGGACGUCAAGUUUCACCUCUCAAGAAGUUCUAACCCCGCCUCUGAAUACCGCCCCCUGGGGUACUACCCCCACUUGACACGCCCCUCCCGGCCCACCUACUUGCCCCUAAACUCCUCCCCUUUGCCUCAACGCCCCACCUCUUUGUGCAUGGCAGCCACUGCCGCCACAGGAAGCUACAGCGACUCAGACCCGGAGGUUUUCUACCCAUACUACUGUCCGCCGCCGCCGCUGCCACCGCUCGGCAGGUUGAUGCGGCCAAGCGGACUAGCCCGCAUGAGGUUCUCCUCUGGGAGCCUCCAGCUGGAUGAGGAGGAAGAGGAUAAGGAAAGCGAUAAGGAGAAAAAUGAGGGGACAAAAGGUGCUGCAAAAGUCACUAAAGUGACUUUGUAGUACAAACAAUUAUUAGAUUUGUCAAACUGCGUCAAAUAAACACGGAAGUGGACAACAUUGUCAAUCAAUCUUAAAUAUUUAUUCAUAAAAAUCUACGUCCCGCUACAAAAAAAAAAAAAAAUCUCUAAAAGCUCAUUUAACAUUCCCACAGAGUAAGCAUUGUCACAUCCCUUAACUUUAUAUGUGUAAAAAAUAUAUAUAUACUGUAUAUACACAAGGACCAGCGAUAGUGUCUUUGGUUCAAAGUGUCAGUAACACUUUUAGGAAGCUAAAUAGCUACACAGGCUAACAGCAGUAGCAAACAAUAAGCUUCUUGCCAACUGGUGUAACACUAACUCACUGUUAACAUCAUUUUUAAUGAGGGCGUCCUGUUCAAAAGUGUUACUGAGGCCGAGAAGACAAAUCUAAUAAUAAUAAUAAUAAUAAUGAUAAUAAUAAUAAUAACAAUCAUGGCAUAUGGUUUUUGUCAAGUGCUACUGAACAAACAUUUAACAUAAAGCUGCGCCGCUGCACAACACUAAAGGCACACGGUGAAGAUGUUUGACAAAAAUAAAGAGUUACUAACUCCCAAUUCCUCACUUCAUGCAGCAGCAGUGAAGUAAAUGAUGUGUGUGUGUGUGUGUGUGUGUGUGUGUGGAGACGUUGCACAGCAAGUCUCCGUGCUGAGACCCAGUCUCUCUUCAUUCAGUACACU